AUGCCUCCCAAGGGAAGAAAUGUCAAGGGGAUGAUGAGCACGGGAUCUAUGACCCUUGAUGCUCGUUUCACUCAAAUGCAGCAGAGCACCACCAUGAACCGUCAGGCUGCUGUUUCUGCCAGGCGCUUUCCAGCUCAACCUGCCCCAGUCAGAGGGGCACCUGUUCCUCGCGGGGCUCCUCGUGGCAGGGGCAUGGCCAUGAGAGGCCGCGGAGCGCUCAGAGGACGUGGCGCUCUCCGUGGCAUCGCCCCGAUGCGCGCUCGAGGACGUGGACGUGGAGCAGUUCGCGGUGUUGGAGCCACUCGCGGCGCCUCGCGCGGUCGUGGCGCGGCUCCUGUGCGAGGCCGUGGGAGAGGAGGACGUGGAGGUCGUGGAGGACGUGGAGGAGCUCGAUCUGGCAAAGACGGGGAGAAGCUCGAUGAAGAGCUGGACGUCUACAUGGGUCGUGAUCCGAACGUGUCGAAGCACCAGGCACUGGACGAGAAGCUGGACAACUACUGGGGUGAUGAGAACAACAAGAUGGAUGCGGAGGGAGCCGCUGGUGAAAAUGGUGCCUAA